CAAUUGCUCAUGGCAAUGGCUUUGUGGGAAUGUGAUGAAAAGUCUAUUAACGAGUUAUCGGAGGCUGCUGUUUUGUCGGGAAAUGGACAAGUGCUUAUUAAUGUACUGAAGCACAUCUACCCCGAGGAUCAGGCCACUAAUCGACCUGAUCUUGCUAAAAUCAUUGGGUUUUCUGACACGAUUUUACCACAAGAUGACAAGACAUUUGUAAGAACAUACUUAUUCCGUUACUAUUGUCGCAGGAUAGACCACCAGGCACACGAUUUGUCCCCUACAAUCACAAGUUUAUCUUCCUCAAUGUCGAAUUUCUACGAAAAGACAUCCAAACAACUCGAAUCUUUGAAAACCCGAAUUGAUUCUUUAAAAAAUGCCCCAUCAGACAGUUUUAAAUCAGUUCUUGUCGACUUGGAGUCAGGAGAGGACUUGAAGACAAUCAUUUCGAAGACAUUCACCGACAACAAUCAGUUGAGUCCCCUCGAACGUCAACUGACCACGUUUUUCCUGUGCUGUCGUCGGUUUGUGAGUCAAUUGGCCAUGUCCCGGGAUUUCGAAUCAGUCAAAAAUUCAAUUUUGUGGUCCCUCGGUGAGUCCCUUCAAGGGAUCCCCUCAGGAGACACAAUCUCCCUGCCAAGCUCACUCAACAAUCUCUUCAACGUGAUCGAAGCCACCCCCCAACAAGGGAUGUUGAAUAUAAUGAGGGAAGAACUGAGGACAAUUGGAUUGAAGGUCGAUCAGUUGUGUUCCGACAAAAAAGUGGACAUUUCCAAUAUUUUUAGUCCUCGACUCCUCAAUGUGAGCCCCAGGCAAUGGACGAGGGGUUGGUCGACAGCAGUCCUGUUAAGAGGGUUCGCCAGAAUGACGAGGAAGUGAGUCCCCCCAAACGGAUUACCGCCAAUGUUGUUGCAAAAGCACGCAAAGUUCGUUUUUUACUCAAAAAUUGUGCAACGAAGAUAUUAAACGACAGCGAGGGUUAUCGAAAUGGGGGGACUAGUCACGUUCCUUGUCGAUAAAUAUGACUGUUUUAUUGGUUAAGUGUUAAAUAUCAACA